GGUGAAUGAAUGAAUGGAUCCCGGAUCCCGGAUGUGGACAGUCUGUUUGCUACCAUAGCCUAUCAUACACACCAUCACUUAAAUUAUGUUAUGUUUUGUACGUCGUGUAAAUAACAUGGGACUGCCGUCAAAUGGCGCGGUAAGAUAUCAUUUUACAGAAGUGGAAACCACGUGGUGCUGAGACAUAGAGGGAAGAGAUUUGAAAACGCACCAGGACCUCAGCUUUGAGCUCACGGGUGCCGUCUAUCACACCAUGUUGGUGACAGCAUAUCUUGCCAUCAUCUUCCUGCUUGCCCUGUGUGUUGGCCUGGAGCUCACAGCACGCCGCCUCACCCCCCCUCAGGCGACUCCUACUGCUGUGGCCAACCCGGUUUUCCGUCGCUUCCAGAGUGUAUUCCUUCGGGCGUACCUGUUGGCUUUGUGGGCAGACUGGCUCCAGGGUCCUUACCUCUACAAACUCUACCGACACUACAGCUUCCUGGAAUCCCAAAUAGCCAUCUUGUAUGUGUGUGGCCUGGCCUCCUGUGUUCUGUUUGCUCCCUUUUCAGGCUGGCUCCCUCAAGUCUUGGGUCGCAGACAGACAUGUCUUCUCUUCUGCGUGUCCUACUCUGCUUGUUGUCUCACCAAGCUGUCCACAGACUACUUUGUUUUGAUUCUGGGUCGGAUCCUGGGCGGUCUGUCCACAUCCCUGCUCACCACCACAUUUGAAUCCUGGUACGUGCACCGGCAUGUUGACAUCCACGAUUUUCCCAAAGAGUGGAUCCCAAGCACCUUCACCAAAGCUGCCACCUGGAAUCAUGGGCUUGCUGUGGGAGCAGGGCUGGUGGCUAACCUGCUGGCUGAGUGGCUCCACCUGGGGCCAGUGGCCCCUUUUCUCCUUGCUGUGCCCUGCUUGGCGGGCUGUGGCUGGGUGGUGCUAACGGACUGGGGCAAGGAAGAGGCUGAAAACGGUCCUGGAGGGGUCGAACAAAAACUGCCCCUCAGCACUCCAAAUGGGGGUGUGACCCGUUUGUCUGCGAGGGCCCGUUUCUCACGCAGCUGCCAUGAUGGGUUGCGCUGCCUGCUGUCAGACAGGAGAGUCAUGCUCUUAGGUGGAGUGCAGGCUCUGUUUGAGAGUGUCCUUUACAUUUUUGUUUUCCUGUGGACCCCGGUACUGGACCCUCAUGGCCCUCCUUUGGGAAUAGUGUUCUCAUGCUUGAUGGCUGCCAGCAUGGCCGGCUCAUUGCUGUACCGCCUAGCCACCUCCACGCGCUAUUGUCUACAGCCGGGCCAUGUUCUCUGCCUGGCUGUGCUGAUGGCCUUCUUCUCCUUCUUCAUGCUGACCUUCUCCACUGCCCCAGGCCAGCCUAGACCUCAUGAAUCCUUCCUGGCCUUCCUGCUGCUGGAGCUGGCCUGUGGGCUCUAUUUCCCUGCUGUCAGCUUUCUCCAGGGCAGGGUGAUCCCAGAGGAGAAGCGGGCUGGUGUACUGGCCUGGUUCAGACUGCCUCUGCACCUGCUGGCCUGCUUAGGGCUGCUGGCGCUUCAUGGGGAGAUAUCAGGAACAGGUGGCGGGGAGGAGGGGAGCGGCACCAGACACAUGUUUGGAGGCUGUGCAGUUAUGAUGCUGGCGGCUUUGAUGGCUGUGGUCAGUCUGUUUACUCUGGGCAGAAAUGACACAGACCUGAGACUGGAGGGAACUAGAGGGGAGGGGGAGAUGGACUGAGGAGAUGGACCACAUAUUCAUUUAUGCUUGACUGAUUUCGAAUGUAACGUGCCUGUUUUGUGUGGCUAAAAGUAGAGACUUGACAUGUUCCAAUGAUCAUAAGUCUAUAGUUUGCCAAAUACAUAAUUGAAGUAAAUCAAAGUCCAAAUCGGGGGUUUUGUUCGAUAAAAAUUUAGAUUAAGUUUAUUUUAUUUUUAUAUGUUACCUAGUUGCUUAUUUGUUGAUGCUGUAUUUUUAAGGAGAGACUUUACUAAUCCUGUCUGCGUUGGGCUGCUUUGGGAACUUAACCAUAUCAACCUUCAUUUGUCAAGUAAACGGCUGGAAUGUCCAAAACUCCUGUAUCAAACCAUUCCAGAUAACACAGUAUUGCCUCAUUGUCUACAUUGUGGGGGGGGGAGUUUUUUGUCACAAUAUUAUUAAUUUCACUUGUCAGUGUUGCCAUGAAGAUCAGUAAUAAAGUCGUAUCAUCGUAUGUUUAAAAUCAAACAUAAAAAUAGUUUACAGAGAGCUCAACAAAUAUAAAGAAAAUAAGGUCACAUCUAGCAUGUAGACCAGUAUGUGAACACCAGCUCUUGCAAUACUUCUGUUUGUUUUCUUUUAUUGCGUCUGUUUAUUUCUUUGAAAAGACAAAUCUACAGUUUGUUGGUUUUACUGUGAAUGCUUCCUCUGCAUCAUCUUUGGGAUAUUUUCUCACAUUAUCUAUGAUCUUUACACUUUUAAAUAAAAGCGUAUAUAUUGUACAGAA